AUGAAUUUUCUCGACGAUGAAGUGGAAACAAGUGACGAUAUAGUUAGAGGAACUAACGACGAUGCUACAGUAAGCAGGCUCUCUGCCGUCAGUUUAGGUUAUGUUAAAGAUCCUUUCGUCAAACUGUUUGUAAAGAAGCCUACUCGUCGCUCUCCCAUAAUCAACAGAGGCACAUUCAUUCGAAGUUAUGCAAUCGACUCUAUUGUGUCUCAGUUUUUAAGUAUACCAGGACCCAAAAAGCAGAUUGUGGCAUUAGGAGCAGGAUUCGACACCAGAUACUUUAACAUCAAGGCAGGGAUUUUAAAUCAAGGUGGAAAUGCACUUGCGCAAAACCUGUCAAAAUACUUUGAAGUCGAUUUCUCAGAAAUUACAAUGAAGAAAGCAAUGACGAUAAAGCGGCGCAAGGAAUUGUGCUCGUUGAUGACAGAAGCAGAUCAAGCAAAGAUUGGGCGAGGCGGCAUGGAUCUACUGGGCAAGGAUUACUGCCUCGUGGGUGGAGAUUUGAGAAAUUGGCCAGACAUUGCUAGCAGAUUGUUGGAGGCAGGCUUGGAUCCUGAAUUGCCAACGCUAUUUUUGUCCGAAUGCGUAUUCAUUUAUAUAACACCGGAGGAAUCUAAUACCAUCUUGAAGUGGAUAACUGAAACUAUGAGGAAUACUAUGUUCGCAUUGUAUGAACAGAUCAAGCCAGAUGACGCUUUUGGCAAGAUGAUGAUUCGCAACUUGAAGAGUCGAAACAUUGAACUGAAAGGAUUGCAAGCAUUUCCAGAUUUAACCCAUCAAGAAAAGAGAUUCAAGGAUCUGGGCUGGGAAAAUGCUACAGCAGUGGAUAUGAACACAAUUCACGACAAGUACUUGAAUCAGUCUGACAUUCUUCGCAUGUCGAAGCUGGAAAUUUUGGAUGAGCUUGAAGAAUGGCACUUGCUUGCAGCACAUUAUUGUGUAGCAUGGGCAGUUCACUCGACUGAUUUCUCACAGGAAUUCAACGCAGUGCAAUUGCAACCACAGUAG